AUGCAAUAGAGUUUCUCAUCUCAUCUGUUGGGUUAAGACGUGUUGUAUUCUGAAGGUUGUGUGAACGUGAUUAAACGUCAUCAUGAACAGAAUGUUAGUGUGGAUGUUACUGAUUAGGUCUACGUCAUGUCACUCAACGGAGGUGACGAGACCGUCGUCAACUGAGACGGCGUCUUUCGAUGCGACCAGCGAGACCUCUCUGGAUGAUAUGUUCAUGGGUACUGUCCUGUCACAGAGGCGUACAACAAGCAGGACAACAGUCACAGGUCACAUUGACCUUGACCCCACGGAGAAAGGUCAUCACCAUGAUGACCUCACAGGGAGGACCAGUUCAAGGUCGGGUCAGUUUGGGAUUUUACCUCUCUUCUUCCCUCCUGUAUGGGCGGGAAUCAUCCAGGCCGGUAGAGACAUCUACAGCUACAACGUCAGUGACGACUGUAAGGUAGAACUUUACCACUACGCCGUGGACCUUCAACGCAGGAAGGAAUGGGCCAUUAACAUGUAUGAUGCGACUGGUAAACAAGGUCCUGGGCUAAUCAAGGGAUCAGUCACGUGGCAUGGAAACUACGACCAAUGUGUAAACGUUCGACACUCAUUGCCAUCACAUGACACAGGAAGUGACGUCAUGAAGGAAAUACAGGCACAGUACUGCUCGGCUACAUUUGAUAUCCCAGGAUGGCUGGAGGACUAUAUAGCUGAUCAGCACCUGCCGUUCCCCAUGCACCUGCCGCACCUGACUGUGGACAUCUGCAUCCCUCCUGGCUGUGUGGAGGAUGAUCUCACCACCAUCAUCAACACAUAUAAGAACCAGUCAGAAACUAAGAUAAGUUUGGUCAGCAUCACGUGUCACGAGGACUUGCGACUUGUUGACGACGCCGCGGCCAUAUUCUCUGUAUGCGUCCUGGGUUUAAUUGCAUCUUUAGUUUUCUUCGGAAGCAUGGUGACUGUCAUUGUAAAGCUGACAACUCCAAAGGGAGAGGUUGAGACAACGACCCUCGUUGGAUUCUUCAGCAGUCGGGGAAGCAUCUUCUCCACUGCACGUCGCAACAGCAUGCACUUCUCACGCUGGGGUAGCACCCGCUCAAAACGGGAAAGCAAUCACUAUCGCCUUGAUAGUGUGUCUUCAGACUCGCCUUACUCUGCGGAUCAACCUGACGUCGUUGAGGUUGGAGAAAGGUCCGCUAACGUGAUCGAAACAUGCCUCACAGAAGGAGAUCGGGAGGCGACACACAUGGCCAUGAGGGAAGAGGGCCGUUCACGUCAGGUACGUUCACAAGGAAUUUGCCCAAAUAAAACCAAAGUUACUGGCCAUUACAGUAAGAACAAAGUACGGAAAGAUUGCAUUUUAACCACUGACCUCCUUAAACCUUGUCAUUUAUGGUAUUAA